AGAGAGAGAGGGAGAGGGAAAGGAGGGGGGAGACUUACCGCCGCCGUUUCUCCGCCGUCGCGAACCCGAGUAGUGGGGAUGGCUGGCAACGUGACGCUCGCGUCGGUGGUGGGGGUAGGCCGGCCGACUCGGUGCCAGCGAACCCUCACUCGGAGCAACAGUGUGCUGCGCGCCACCGUUCAGUACGUGUCGUUCUUCUCGAGCUACGAAUUAUACUCGUUAUAUAUAUCUUACGCGCGUGUAUCAUUGCCGAACAAAAGUACGAAUAGUGCUGUUAUACAUCGCGAAGAAGAAGUGAAACGAGAUUACUGCAGCUUCCUAGGAUUUAAUAUUUCUACUCUGUUCCUACGUUUCCAUCGUAUUUUUUUUUCUUUUUUUUUUUCUUUUUCUUUUUACUCGGUUUUCUUUUUUUUCUCUCUUUUUUUUUUUUUCUUUUUCUUUAACUCGUGAGAAUAAGUGCAAAGAAGUGAGAUCGAAAGGGGAGGAGUAAAGAGUUUCGUUUUUCGAAAGUGAUUAUUUGUGAAACUUGUGAUACAUGUUCGAACGAUACAAGCAAGGAGAAAAUUUUGAUGAAAGUCCUCGAAACGAAGUGUGUGGAUGGAUGGCAUUGGGAUAAGAGUGCGAGUCUCUCGACGAAGCUUUUCACGUCGCGAUAGCGACGGUCAUCGUCAUCUUCGACGUUAGUAGGAUCUUCGAAGAACGAAGAACGCAGUCUUAGAUCUCGUCUUGUGGUACUUUAGAAGAAACGAAAGGGUUGUCAUCAUCUAUAGCGUGUGCGAGAAGAGAUCUACGAGAAGCGGAGGGGGAAGGAUUUUACUUCGAUUUCUCGUCGUUGAGCUUUAGUUGUUGGGAACGACACGAAAAUAGAGCACCGAGUGAGAAUCUGUACGCGAGUGAAACGAAAAUCGUCUGGUGAAAAGAGAAGAGAGAAAAAAGUUUUCACUUUCGUGAAAACUCUAUGUUCGUUUAGAAUCGAACUCGAGAAAUGCCGCUCGCAAUUUAACCACAGCACGACGCUACACCGUCGCUCGAAAUUUGGAGGAAGGCAAAGUCGCGUCCGUGGGGUUCUCUUCCUUCAUUCGACGCGGACGACGUCUUAAAACCAGUAAUCGUCUGUCCGCGUAUGAAAAGCCUGCGAAGAUGGUGAACGAGAGGGGAGGAUUAACAUAGAGACGAGCUCGAGCUUCGAUCUUCGCCACGAGAGAGAAUUAUCACGCUGAGGUGGAGGAUGGAGGAGUUGGAGACGCUGGAGAGUACGGAGUGCCCGGAAUGUCCCGGGCCACCCCCUGAGUUCCGGUUGCCACCACCCCCUCGACCACCUUUCCUCACCGAGGGUACUUUCUGUUCGGAGGCACCCCUAGCUGAGCUCGAAGACUGUGUUGCCAUUCCGAUGAUCGACGCGUCUUACCAUACGAAUCCGUCGCUACAAAGCACUGCCUUGAUUAUCACGUGCGCGGUGGUCCUUCUUCUGAUGGCAGCUAUCGUCUCUGUUGUUUUUUGGAAGCACAAACGAAAAGUGCAGAAUCUAUUGCCGUGCAAGAGUGCAGCGGGUGCAGCAGCGGCCGCAGCCGCAGGCCGGACGCGGGUCCUUCCGGACUGCCAAUCUCACGGUGGUUCGGGCAACACCAGCGCCGCCGUUCUCUACGAGGAUUUGCCGGACACGAUGACGCACUCCCAGCUGCACAAUCACUUGCCGAGUCACCAUCCCAUCGGUCAAGCGCCGACGAUCGAGAUGCUGGACGUGAAGGAAGGCGGCAGAGGUGUCUUCGUCUGCAGCAGCCCUGGUCCAGAUCCUUACACGUCUCAGGAUCUUUAUAAUCCUGUCUACGAGGAACUCAGCAACGGGGACCACCCGGAGACAGAUGAGGAGAGCGAGUUGAAUGCACGAAAUCGUUUACAUCAUCAUCAUUGUCAUCAUCGUCGAGCAUCGACAUCGAAACCUGCCAGCGAAGACGAGUUCGCCGAAGAUGAACUUUCGGUCGGUGAACCCUCCGAGGCAAGGAUGCUCACGUCAAAUGGUCCCGCAUGGGGCACGUGUCCUGCCGGAAACAGACAGCCAAGGGAGCGAAGGGGUAGAAGCCCUAGGAGUCUCGAUCGACGCAAGAGAGACAAAAGUCACGACGUCGGCGAGUUCCACGAGGGGAUGCUCCUCGAUGCUUUGCUACAACUUUAUCCUAGCGUGGCAGGCGUAGCUGGGAGCAGAACGAACAGUAGUCAACGACAACAACAGUCCGUCCCUUCGGUGGCACAUAGGCUGCCAUAUUUCGUGCCGCCGAUGCCAGCAGCUCAAGCUCUCAGACUCGAAGAAAAUCCAUACGAGAGCGUGCCCGUUCUCGGGCCGCUUCAUCGUUACUCCAGUCAAAGCAGAAGUAACAAGGAGAGAUCGAAGAAGUCAAACGAAAAGUACAAGUACAUGAGUGCUAGUCGUGACGGUGGUGUUGGUGGUGCUGGUGGUAGCGGCAAUCAAUAUACUGCCGAUUAUUAUGGUCUUCAAAAUCAAGAAACGACGCCAGUUUACACGCAAGUUGGCGGAGACACUUAUUCCUCGGACACUUACUCUCAACCAACAGACAGACUCUACAACGAGGACAAGUAUACACAACCGGUUUAUUAUGCGCCUAGAGAUAACGAUCAGGUCUCUUCAGGAAGAUUAUACCAAGGUCAACCGGACAGUAGCUUCGGUAGCGACAGUGGUUACAGUCAUCAUACAUCUGGUACUACGGGAACCAGUGGCACACGUGGCAGCAAUUCGAGAACCAAUCACAGAAAGGACAAACAUCGAAAUUCUCAUCAUUCUCAUCAUUCCGCCGAUUACAUCGUUUCUUAAUGAAUAUGCGAAUGAACGAGACUGUUUACCUGGUUAUAACGAUGGAUCCUGCUUCUUUCUCAAAUCACGAGAGAAAGAAAAAGAAAAAGGGGAAAAGAAAGGAAGAAAGAAAAAAGAAAGGAAGAAAGAAGUGUUGGUGCUUAUUUUUUAUCGAUAAACAAACACGGUGAUCGAUUUGAUUAUCUUUUUCGUUGACGUUGUUUUAUUUUAUUUGUUAAGAGAGUCCAUUGGCUCUUUGUUAUUGUUCCUUGAAGUUUAGGAGUUUCUACAUGACGUACGUUUCUCCUAGUUUGUUUUAUAAGCGGCCAUGUGUUUUUGUUCGUAAGGACCGAUUGAAAACGUGCAAAGACACGAUACCCUGAAACAAGAAGUGACAGUGAUCCUUUAAUAUAAUAUAUUACCGCGUAACUAUUUAAUACUAAAUUAUUUGCAAUUAGUACUCAGGCUAGUACCAAAGCACGCUGUGUUUAGGAACAUUGCGUUUUCCUUUUCUAUUCUUCUAUAUUUCCUUACUCUAACUCGUUUAUAAGUCAUAAGUAAGAAAAGAGGAAGAUCGGUUUGAAAGGCCAAAGCGUUUUUGUGCGAGACGUGCGACUGUCGUGCGAGAAGAAGCAACGUUCCAACGUCGAUACGAUCGAAUAUAAAAAGGGAAAUGAUACCCUUGACGAAUUUUAAAGGGGCAGCUCGAUUACGAACUAGCCUGAACAGAAAUUAGAUAGAUUAGUCCAUCCACUGCCACGCGAUCGAGUUAUAGAUCGGCCGUACAUAAUUAUUAUAGUCAGUGUCACUCGACACGUUUUCGUACAAACGCUGACGCAGAAGAUUCCUUCCGCGUUUUAAUCAUACCGGUUUGAGAAAAUUCUUUGAUAUCACAAUUUCGCAUAUAUAGCGAUCGUUAAUAGAAUAUCUUUUUAGAAUGCUUCGUACGAACCUACGCUCAACAUUUAUUAAAAAAUCAUUUAAUAUCGAAAUACACACACUGCCCGUACAUACCUCCGACGAAUAAAACGAUUUCUCGAAGCAAUUAAAGAAAACUUCGUAUUUUUCUAACUCCCUUCGUAGAAAGGACGAAGAACGAAAGGAAUGAAUAUGGGAUGAAGACGCUUACGUUUAUCGUUUCAUUUAAACCAAUUCCCGAUCGUGGAAAUAUUCGAUUCUUUCGAAUGAACGAGAAACGAAUUAAGGCGAUACGUCUAAUUGCCACUCGUCAAACGAUGCUGGUUACCAUCGAGAUAUCGAUUUAACUUUGUUACGAUUUAUUCGCCGUUUGAAUCAUUCGAUAGCAUACGAUAUAAGAUCCAAUACACAGACAGAAAAUCGAGGUUCUUUUCCGAAGCUUUUUUCUGUUUUUUUUUUUUUCUUAAUUUCUCUUUCGAUCUCCGAUAUGCGGGUAAUCGAUUACAUGCGAAAUUUCAAUGGAACUUUCAAAUACGUAUUUCGUACCGUUGAAACGGCGUUUUCGAGUUUCGUUUUACCGCAUACGCCUACCUAUUUGCAAAGCAUGUGGCUUCUCGAUCGACAACAAUCAAACCUCUUGAAUUUUUAAUGCAGUCUCCUUCGAUGGGGAUGUACAAUUACUUUGAAAAACCGCAAAGCCGAGCUAUCGAGAAAAUAAGUUAGACGUAACGUUAUCCAUUAUUCAUCGAGAUACGUAGUUCUCGGAAUAAAAAAGAAAUAUAAAAAAAAAAAGUGAAAGGAAUUCAUUUUAACAAACAUUUUACCGGCUUCUAUUUGGUCGCACGUGUUUUUCUCGCUAUGCCGCAUCUUUGGCUCUGUAUCCACGAGAGGAGAGAAAGAUAUAAUAUAUAUAUACAUUUAUAUAUAUAUAUUAUAUAUAUAUAAAAAUAUAUAUAUAUAGAUCAGGAUAAUAAAGUACGUACGAAGAACGAAGGAACGUCACAUUGAUUAAACGACAAAAAAGAGAAAGAAUUUUUCGUAAUAGGUUGUACUACAGAAGCACGCGUUUGAUUGCGUGUAACGCGUAAUGCGCGUAGGUACUACACAUAAACCCAGAUAUAAAGUCAUAUACAUACCUACAUAUUAUAAUACGAAUAUAAAAGUAAUAAUUCCGCGCGAAUUUUGUAAAUAAUUAAAAGUAGGGCUAAGCGAAGCGAAACGAAACGAAGCGGAGAGGAAAGGAGAAGAGGAAUGGGAAGGGGAGGGGAGGGGAGGGGAGGGGAAAUACGUGCUCGUUCGUUCCCCACCGUGUAGCAUAGUUGUACCAUAUCGUUAUCGAGACUUUUUCGCGACUUGUGCGAAUCCGUACGUCCGCGUGAGAGUGUGCGUGUAUCGAAUGGCGAAAUUGCUGCGUGAGAGGUGACAAAAUAAGCGAAUCAGUAAAUUUAAUAUAUACAUAAAAUAUAAAUAUGACAAAAAUAUAUAAUACGCAUAUAUAAUUUUUAAUUUAUUUAUAACGAGUCGAGCGCGCGUUAUAGAGCGCCUAAUAGUAAUUGAUAUAAGUGAUAAGAGCGAUGCGAGUACAAGAGAAAGAGAAACAGAAAGAGAGAGAGAAAGAGAGAGAGAGAGAAAGAGAAAGAAAAAGUAAGAAAGAGAGAGAGAGAGAGAGAGAGAGAGAGAACGAGAGAAAUGGAAAAGAAAGCUCGAUAAGGAAUAGGGAGAAAUACUCGCGCGAGGAUAAUUUACUUCGCGCUGGUAAAAAGCGGAGGCGGUGCUGAAAUAUUUGCACAAGAAACCGGAGAAAGCGAUUUCCUUCGUAAUACGUGAGCACCUCUAUCUCUUCAUGUUCUUUCUUUUCUCUCUCUCUUUCUCUCUCUCUCUUUCUCUCUUUCUCUCUCUUUCUCUCUCCUUCUCCUCCCUCUGUCUAUCUCCAUCUUUCUCUCUCUAUCUUCCCUUUUCUUACAGAUACGUAGGCGUAUAUAUACGCACACAUACGUGCGCUCACUCUCCCUCUCUUUCUCUCUCUUUCUCUCUCUCUCUCUCUCUCUCUCUCUCUCUCUCUCUCUCUCUUUCUUUCUCUCUCUCUUUCUCGUUUGCUCGCUCGCUCGCUUCCCGAUAAUGUACACACACUCUCUUUUUAGAUGCAAGUAGUGCGAAUACCUCACAACAAAGAAAAAUCACUCUGUUGUAUAUAUAAUUUUAUAUGCAUGGGCUGCGGAGAAGGCAUAUGUAAAAGGGGAGAAAAGACACACUAGCUAAGAGGAAAGCUCGGAAAUCCUUUUUCCUUUUUCUCUCUCUUUCUUUCUCUCUCUCUCUUUACUUCUCCCUUUCUCUCUCUUCCUUUCUCUUCCUUUUUCUUUCUCCGAAUGUCCUCUGUGUUAGUUUUGAGAUUUUUUCUGACCUCUAAUCCUUCCGUCCUUUCUUUUUUCUUCCUAUUCGUUAUGCUAGCGUAAAUUUACGAUAUUAUCUUGUAUCUUCCCUUGUCUUCCCUUUCCCUUCCUCUCUUUUUGUCUAACUUGGAAACGUCAAGUUUUAAUUCUUUCAUUGAAAAGAAUUGAAAGUAAAGAAAUGAUAUUCUUUUAUUACGAAUAAGAUUGAUAUAAGGUACUUGCAAUGUUUACCUCUUCAUUUCGUUUUACAAAGUUUUGCUUGAAAUUUGUUGAAAUGCACACAUAUAAUUGGUAGAAAAGAAAAAAAAAGGAAAAAAAAGAAAAGAGAGAGAGAGAGAGAGAAAUGUAGAGAAUUUCCGAGCAUUGAGAAAAGGUGAACCGGAGAUGGUAUUAAUAACAUGUACUUAUAACGCGAGAGCUAGAGAAAAGAAGGGAUUAUUAUGUAAACGAGUAUGUACGUGUAAGACGAAUAUCCUAUGAUCAAAAUCCGUACAAUCAAAGAGCGUGUGAGUGAAUUGUAAUAUCAUGGCGCGAGUAGAUAAAAAUAGAAAGAGAUCAAAAAGUGAACGAAAGAAUGGCAAAUGAAAAGGAGGUAAAUUGAAGGAAAAAAUAAUUAGUAAUAAGAGGACAGACAAGAAAGAACAACAACAAACGCUUUCGUAUAGUUUUGCGUCCGUAAUUAAUAAAACUUAUUUCUAACAAGAGAAAAAACAAAGAGAAAGAGAGAAAGAGAGAGAGAAAAGAAAAGAAAAGAAAAAAUCGACCUUUUUUUAUGUACGCCUGUAAAUAUAUACAUAACAUAUAUGUUAAUAUCAAAGGGUACCGACACGCUUGCUAGUAGACGACAUCGACUUGUAUCGAAUUUUUGUCGUAUUUUUCGACAAGAUUAGAUAAGAACAAGUCGAAGCAUAAUUCUUAAAGACUUUCUUGCGAUUAAAAGUUGCUAUAUCGAUAUGUAUGCGGAGAGAAGCAUGGUAUUGACCCCCAACCCUAUUCAUUCGUAUCUUUCAUUUCCGUAACUCGUACGGGAAGAAGAAAAAAAGAAGUUGGUCAUAGAUAGAUUUGAUGAAAGAAAGAAGAGAGAUGAGGCGAAGGAAGGAAGGAAGGAAGAAUGAAAAUAUGAGGGAGCUUCCUUUUUCACUUCGGACAUGUAUGCAUGCAAGUCGGCAGACUGGUUAUUAAUUUAUUAAACGCGCGCGAAAAUAGAAAAAUGGCCCCAAUAGGUCGUUCGGCUCUUCUCUCCUUCGGUCUCACUAAUUUUUAGCGCCGACGUAGCGAUUAUAGCGAGUUGACACAUAUAUACACAGACAUGGACAUACAUUUAUACAUAUAAACAUACACACACACACAUACAUUAACAAAGAAAGGAAAAUAAAUGCAUAGACAUUAGAAUACCUCGAAAAAGAAUAACAAGUAGCACUUUUGAAAGUUAGCUUGCACGGGCGAUCACCUUUUCCAUUGCGUUCUCACCCUUUUCAAAAUCGAUAUAUAUGCAUCUAUAUAUAUAUAUAUAUAUAUAUAUAUAUAUAUAUAUAUACACACACAUACACAUAUAUAUAUAUGUAAACGUGUAUAUUACAUCGAUACGCUACAUUAGUAUAUACACAUGCAUUUAUUGUGUAUCGCGAAUCGAUAAGGGUGUAGACAAGUGCGAAAUCGAACGAGAAAUAUGAAAUUGAUCGAAGACAGAGAGAGAGAAAGAGAGAAAGAGAGAAAAGUGCAUGUGGGAAUGAACGAAAGAACGAAUGAAAGAAAGAAAGAGAAUAAGGAAAAGUAGAUGAAAGCGCCUAGUCGAAAAAUUUCAAGUCAAUAAAUUCUCGUACGAUCCGCCGGAUGGGAAAAGGAGAAACGCCAGCUCGCAGAACAGGGUAACUAGCUCUAACAUCUAUCUCUUACGUCACCUUUAAAAAGAAUAUGACAAAAAAAAAAAAAAGAUCUGUCACACUCAUUCAUCUCACCGGUAUCACAACGUUCACUUUUAACUCACGAAAUAAAAAACAAAAAAAAAGAAAAAGAUAAAAAAAAAAGAAAGAAGAAAGAAAAAAGAGAAAAAAAAUGUCAGCUUGAGGUAAAGCCUCGAGAAACACUAUCACACCUUCGUACUAAUAAACGAUUUAUUGUACUAUUCGA